AUGGUUCCUUCCCCCGAAGUGGUUGAGCAAAAAUGCUCGAUUUACACCGGAGAGGGUGCCUACAUCGACCUGGGCGAUUUUGCGGGGACUUGCGUCUCUGAUCCUGACGUGUGUGCCUCAGAUAGCGUAACCUGGUCACUGUGGCUCAAAAUCAACUCUUCGGCAGGUUUUACCCAUGAUAGUUAUUUUGUUUCAGCGGGAGCAAGAUCAAGAGGAGCACGGGGCGUCGCCUUCCUGUACAGGAACUCGCUCAACGCUUUCGUCUUCGCAGCUCGGAGUGAAUCGUGGUCAUACUUUGAGAGGUACGAGACGCUGGGCAAGAUCCCGAUAGAUAGAUGGUUCCACCUGGCCGCUACCAUGGUUCUUUCACCAACAAAUGCCCAACUUGUCCUGUACCUGGACGGCAAGGAGCUUGGCAGUUACGAUCAUAAUGAAAAAGAAGACUCGCCUAGAGAUGGAUGUACCAGGCUGGUUUUAGGGAGCAUGAAUCCCUGCGUUGGAAUGUCACCGCCCUCAUCUCUGAAUUUCGGAGGUUCGGCAGCCUACAGCAAUCUGAUGGUAUUUGAUCAUCUCCUCACCGAGGAACAGAUAGCCAACCUCUACGCCUGCGGGUCACUUGACUGGGGCCUAAAAAUGCGCAGCCUCUACAUCGAUAGCACCUACGAAAACAGCGGAAGUCUUCGCUAUGUUUGCACGGCAAGCGCCUCUACUGGACCCACUAUUUACUGGAGCGUGUACCACCAAGAGCGAGCGCAGUGGCAGGACCUGGGCCGAAACUCCACCGAGGAAGGCUGUGAGGUUACCCCGACCAGUUUCUCACCGUGCGUGGUGCAGUCUGCCCUGGUCAUCGAUCAGGGACACGGACCCAUCGCUGAGGGCGACAUCAUCACCUGCACAGCAAACUCUGGCUCAAGGAAUGCUUCUGUAUCUAUCCGCCAAGGUAUAUCCGAAGAAAAAAAACAAUAA